CAAUUUUUUAUGAUCAAUCGCGACGUUGGGCCGAAUUGCAAAGCUCUAUUAAUCAAUUCCAAAUUUUAAGCAAUAAAAAGGGUAAAGACCAAACCGUUAAACACAAUUCUUCGACAAUGAAAUGUUAUUUAAUGUCAACUACGCACAAGUGUUUCUCUCGGCCAUCAAUACCAUCCCUCUACACAUCAAUCAUCGGAAUCGUCAGAAACCAAUCAAAAAUUAUUAUUCCUCUAUCAUCAUAUUUUUAUUAUUGAGUAUAACAUUAUAUUAUCUGAUUACUUGUAUCCAAAUAAUAUUGGCCAAUUUAUGGUACAGUAUAGAAUAUAUUUUAUACUAUUGGACAGUAGUCAGGCGCUUUAAUUAUUUAUCGGAAAGAAACUCUUUUCCUCCUUUGAUAAUUAUGUUUAUCGUCAUCAUGAGUCGAACACAGCUAAUUCAGUGUUUGACUAUCGGAAACCUAAAGAUCGAGUUAGACCCUUUAAAUAUGACUAUCAUCAAUAGUUCAAUAUUAUCAAACGAUAAAGAAUUAGCAGUUUACGCAUACGCCCUGCCGCUUUUUGGUUCUUAUGAUUUAGAAGAUUUUUAUUAUUACGAUAAUUCCAGAAAUAAUUUAUCAAAAACCAUCAUAAACAUGGUAACUGAAAGUAAGACUACAUCUAAACCUAAAUUUUUUGACUCUGAUAUAUAUUCGUUAACAUCAAUCGAUGAAAAACGGGAUGUAUUUCGUGUAAAAAGUAGAGAAACUAACAUAUUUGAAAGCAGUAAAAUCCCUUCUAUACUUUUCUCUCAAGCUAUUAAUUUAAACAUCGGUGAUCGUAUAUGCCAAUGGAAUAUAAAAAAUAAAAUGUGUUAUAAAAUUAAGCAAAUGACUAAUCCUUCCAAAAAUGGUUUUAAUUUUGACAAUCCAGAUAAACUUAAUAACUACAUAAGUCAUCAAGAUAUAAUAAUCAAUAAUACUAACAAUGCUCAAUAUUUUUAUUCCCAAAAACCAAAUUUCCCACACCUGUUCAUUCCUGCUAGGCUUAAAUUUAAAGAGAAUGCUUUGUACAUUCAUAACAAAACCAGCUCUAUAUUUAAACCAUUGGUAAAUACUGGAAAUUCUAGCAACUCCUCUAACCGAUAUAUUUCUUAUUCAGAUGUACCGUUCAAGGAUAAUAACCGUCUUACGACCGAUAAUAUUGAAUCAAAGAUUUUUGAUUUGUUCGAUGCCUCCCUUAAACCAAAAAUAUUUAUGCCAUCAAUCCCAAAUAUCGAUACUAAGGAUAAAAUUAAUAAAUUAAGAGAACUUAAAUUGAAUAGACCAACAUUUAUGCUCCAUAACAAGUGUAGUAAUAGAGAAGUUCAAAUCUUCGGCAGAAGGGUUAAUGCUAAGGCAAGCCUACACACCAGACACAAAUAUAAAUUUGCUCAACUAUAUUCCGAACCGUCCAAAAAACAUGGAAGAAUCAGAAUAAAAAGUGCAAAAACCGGCUAUUACGUGUGUUUUGAUCGCCAGGCUCGUUUGAUAGCAAGAAUGAGACCAGCUCGAAGUUUGUGUGAUUUCGCAGAAUUAUACGAUCAUAGUUACAUCAAAUUUCGUUCAGUUUACGACUCAUCAUGGUAUUUGGGCUUUGAUGAAUCCGGACAUCCUUUAAUUGGAAUUACUCAUAAUUCGGCCGGAAUUUCAAACGAAAAAUGUUACAAUUUUAUCAAGAGAAAGCGAAGUGUUCCAAAGCCGAAUACCUAUCAUAUACCUAUGCCAUCGUCUCACCAAAAUCCAAUAUCGUCGGAUACAAUAAAUAUGGAUAUUCCCUUCCUUAAACCUUCGUUAUUUUCGCGUUUAUUUGGGUUGCCUCAUAGACUAAAAAAGUUUGAUGAUCAAAUUUAUACUAAUAAUGACAAAGCGUUCUCAGCAAAUCACGCUAGAAAGAACGCACCUAUUACUGAAUUUAAUGCAGAACAUAAUGACAAUAAACAAACUAUAUUAGAUAAAAGGUCUAAUAUCAAUAGUAAAAGUUCGAGUCAUUUCAACAUUGCAAUUAAAAAAAAUAUAUCUGACACUAUUACAAAUUUUAUUUUUACUAAUAAUGCUGAUAUAGCAGUUAAUAAUACCCUUUACGAAAAUACAGACCAAUUUAAAGUAGAAACCUUUAAAAAUUUUACUAACCAAGAUGUCCAAGCUAAGUCAUUUCAUCAUAUAGGAUCAUUAAUUUUGAAAGAAAUUGCAAAAAUUCGGGCACCAGAUCUGACUAAGAAAGAUGGGUUGAAAUCUUACGAUAACGUAGCUAGAUAUUUCGAAAAUUUUAUUUUAAAUAAAAGUCGGAUAAACGAUUCCACCGAUUAUUAUGAUGAUUAUUAUACUGACAUCGACAAAUAAUUUUUUUUUUAUCAAUAUAAAAAAUCUAAUCAAAAAAAAUUAACUCGCUAUAAUGCGCUCGAAAGAAAUGGGUUUUUUGCAUUCGGUUUAAUAAUUACUCAUUCCAAAUAUUUUUUGUUGAUAAAAAUUUAAAAAAAAUAUAUCUUCCAUCUCCCAGAUCCCUACUCUGAAAUCAUUUUUUUAAACCUACAAUUCAAAUAUUAUGGCAAAAAAUACGACACUCAUCAAAUCGGUAUGGCAUGAUAAUUUAGUCAUACAUACUAAAUAUAUUUAACUUUUUUCUAUAUCUACCAAUUAAAGUUCAAAACAUUAUAUUUGUUGUAUAUUAAUCAAUCCUGACCUCAUUUGUUUAUAAAAAACAAAAAUAUUUUUAACUAGAAAUCUGUAUUGCUUAGAAAAUAUUCAAAAAUUUGAAACCAAAAUCAUUUUGCGAAAAUAAGUUAAAAAUCCAAAAUAAAAAACAUAAAAUGGCGUGAAUUAUUUGAGCGCUUUUUUUAAAGAAUAUAUUGAUAAAUAAUUUUUAUCUACAUCUUCAGAAAUAAUUAAAUCCGAGACAUGAAGUUGUAAAAUAAUCAAAAAACACCAAUUUAUACCAAUUAUGAGCGGUUCGAAAUAUAAUUUUUUCACAUAUUCUUACUAGGCCCGUAAUUAUUUACUCUAAAGGUCUCGGUACAAUACGUGCCAUGAAUUUAUAUUAUAAUUGUGAUUCUUAUAAAGUGAGUUUAUAUAUUUUGCCAAUUAAAUAUGUUUCCAAAUAUUACAGUAUAAAUGAUUAUUUGGACAUAAUUUAUUAUCAUUAUAUUAAUAAAAUUGCGCGUAUUCGAAAUUA